AUCGAUGUAAACUCUGAAAAGUCGGAAAACAGGUUCGUGUUGCAACAGAGAGAGGUAAAUCAAGGGAAGUAACAAGUUAAUCACACCUAUCAAGAAUGGAGGAAGAAGCAGAAGUGCUGAGGAAAGAGCUGAAAUGGAUACUAGAAGAUCAGGUUCAUAAAGUUUUGCAAGAGGUUCAACAUACUUUACAGGAAUGUAGUCGAAGGUUCCCAAUACGAUGUGGUUUAGAUGAAAAUAAAAGUUUAGUUGUGCCUCACAGAAUUCUUCUUUCUAGUCCCAACAAUAUUAUAGGGUAUGUUAGGGACCAUCCAGUGUGCAGUUUUUGGAGCAUUGGUUGGCCCUGCCAACACUUCCACUUUGGUGGGAGUACUAUAAAGUGUGUUGUCACCUUACUUGGAGAUAGUAUCUGUGAUGCAGACAUCAACUUCAAGCACAAACAAGCCAAAGACCAUCACAACUUUAAAACUACUAUCAAUCCUGAAGUCAGCUGGAAAUUACAACAGAUCCAGGAUGCUGGAAACUAUUUAGUAAAAGCCAUGUUUUCACUCAAUCAAAUAGACAAAGAUCAUGUGUUCCAUUCUGCAAAAGAAGUUUUUCUGCUUUUAGAUGAGCUGAUUAGCAGUUUAAAUCAGGGUAGAUCAUGUCUGGCUUAUCCUAAAAGAAAAUCCAUUGAAGAUAUUAUAUACAGUAGAAAUAUGCAAAUUUUAGUCCCACCGGUGCCAAAUGAUACAGCGUUAAGUUUUUACAUCCAUUCUUCCAAACUUAUUAUGUCUUUGUAUAGUAUCAACAUGUCAUCACAAGGGAGGACAGAAAUUACUUCAAGGCAGCAGAUAGAGUGUACAGUUCAAUGGUUAAAUGAAGCAGUGAUGUUAUUUACACUUGCCUUACAACAAUGUCAGCAGCUCAAAGAUAAGAUCUCAAUUUUAAAGCAGUAUGAAGAAGUAUCAUGAUAAUAUUCCAAGGGAGAUAAUUCUGCCAUUAUCUGUGAUUUCUAAGCCUGUGAUGACCUGAUGUGUUUGCCUUAUUUCAUCAGUGUGCAGUUGUUAUUACGUAUACGUGUUGAGAAUGGAAGUUUGUUCAUCGUGUAGUCAACCCAGAACAUACAGAAUACUUAUUUAAUCAGACAUUAUAACCACAAAGUCCCAUAUCCAAUACUUUGUCACAUAGUACCAUGGUUGUGUAUAGAUUUAUGCUAAAUUAUUAACAUUAGAAAGUAUUUCCAGAUGUGCUCCAUUUAAUGUAAAAGUACAAAAAUUUUCAAGAAUUGAGAUCUGGUUCUGUAGUACCCUCAUUACACCCUGUCUUCAUAGAAAAUUCUGUCUUAUUAACAAUAUUUCACACACACAGAAAUUUCAUUACUUUCUUUACAUUGUAUAAUGUCAGCAAAGACACUGAUUUUACAUUGAUUAUUCAUACCAAUUACUUUGAUUAUUCAUACUGUGAUUAUUCAUACCAAUUACUUUGAUUAUUCAUACUGUGAUUAUUCAUACCAAUUACUUUGAUUAUUCAUACUGAUUUAAUAAGAACACUUCAAUACUUUAUAGAAUAAUCAAGAGUUAUAAUUCCAAACUUGUAGCUGGGAAUAGUUAAUAUACAUAGAUCCUGGAGGGAUUAAAAAAGGGUGUGUUCAGUUGUUGUAGAUAUCAAAUUUGUUUUCUAUGUUUGAUUAAAAAAUUAUGUUAUUUAUGCAAAUAAUAAAAAAAUAUUCACAAUA